UUAAGUGGGAAUAGGACAGCACUAACUGUUGAAAGCUAUAAAGUCAGUCAUCUUCAACCCCAUUCAUUUCAGUUGUCCAGUGUAUGCCAAGAUGACCAUUUUCGUGUCUCUCUUUUCACUGCAGCCCUGGUUCUUUGUCCUCCUAUCAAUGUUUCUCUACAUGUUUCAUGUAAUUUUAUGUUAUUUCCAUCGAGUUUCUAAGUGCUCGGGUCCCCCAACGUUCCCUGUAAUCGGAUGCUUAGUUUCCUUCUACAAGAACCAGCACCGGUUGUUGGAUUGGUACACAGAACUCCUGGCAAAAUCAGCCACAAAAACGAUUGUUGUCAGCCGGUUUGGUGCACGAAGAACCAUUGUGACGGCGAACCCGGCAAACGUUGAGUACAUGCUCAAAACCAACUUUAACAACUUCCCCAAAGGCAAGCCUUUCACUGAUAUUCUUGGGGACUUUCUUGGCUGUGGCAUAUUUAAUGUGGAUGGGGAGCUCUGGAGAACCCAACGCAAGUUAGUCAGCCAUGAGUUCAGUGCAAACUCUUUGAAAGAAUUUGUGCUGCAUACACUUAAGGAUGAAGUUGAAAACCAGUUGUUGCCGGUGUUGGAGGGCGUGGCAGAGAAAUCUCAAGUGGUCGACUUGCAGCAGCUGCUAAAGAGACUUGCUUUCAAUAUGAUUUGUAAAGUUUCAUUGGGCGUAGAUAGAUGUUGCUUAGAUCCUUCUUCGCCUGCUCCACCGCUGGCGAACGCUUUUGACAUGGCAUCGGAGAUAUCCGCCAGGCGUGCAGCUCAGCCUUUGUUUUUGGUUUGGAAGGUUAAGAAGUGGCUUGGAAUCGGAUCUGAGAGAAGACUUAGAGACGCCAUUGAAGUAGUCAGGGAAUUUGUUGAGGAAAUUAUUCACAGUAAGAAGAUGAAACUUCAAAGGAAAGGAGAACUUUGUUGUCAGGAUCUCUUAUCUCGAUUGAUAUUAGGUGGGGAAGACAAGGAAGUGAUAAGAGAUUUGAUGAUAAGCCUUAUUAUGGCGGGUAGAGACACUACAUCAGCAGCAAUGACAUGGCUAUUCUGGUUGAUUUCCUGCAAUCCUGAAAUAGAGCAAGAGCUUAUUAAGGAGACAAAAUUCACCAAAGGGAAAAAAUUAGAUUACGAAUCAUUGAAAGAACUAAAAUUGUUGAAUGCUUGCCUUUGCGAAUCCAUGAGACUCUACCCACCAGUGGCCUGGGACUCAAAACAUGCAGUUAUCAACGAUUUGUUGCCGGACGGAACACCUGUACAGGCAGGAGACAGAGUGACGUAUUUCCCAUAUGGAAUGGGAAGAAUGGAAGCAUUAUGGGGUAAAGAUUGGUUUAAGUUCAAACCAAAGAGAUGGUUCUGCAAAAAGGGAAAACCAAAAAAGGUAUGCCCAUACAAAUUUCCAGUUUUUCAAGCUGGUCCAAGGAUUUGUCUCGGAAAAGAGAUGGCUUUCAUUCAAAUGAAAUAUGUGGUAGCUUCUAUAUUGGAGCAGUUUGAAAUCAUACCAGUCAGCCCCGAUCAACCCAUCUUCAUGCCACUCCUGACGGCACACAUGGCCGGCGGAUUAAAAGUUUUGGUUCGCCGGAGAGAUCAGCAAUCAAGAUAAACAAGUAAUUGGUUUAUUCAAGAGUCAAUGAUAUUAAUUUAAAUUGGAUGGGCUAUGGAACAUUGCACUUUGCCUCCCAUGUAAUAUAGUCGGGAGGAAAAAAUAUUAUGCAUAACAAUCCUAUAUUACAAGUUUAUACAUUGUUUUUAUCAACUUCCUAAUCAUACUGAUUAGACUUUUCAAUCAUGAAUAUUUUAAACAAGGCCUAGAAUCAUAUACCAUGUAAUGAUAAAAAUCUAAACGUAUAUGUGAUUGUCAAGAUAUGAGAUGGGCCAAUAUUUAAAUCAGGUCAGAAAGCACAUGCGUGCUUGGAAUGAUUGUUUCACAUGUCUUUUUUUUUUUUUUAAGAAUAAAAUAAUGAAUCUUCCUAGUCA